AUGGCCGGACCAGGCAAAAGAACCAUGCCAAAUAAUUCAAAUCAGUCCUCCAAGCGCAGAAAGGGACAAUGGACUCAGUCCCAGCGUAAGAGCACUGAUAUCGAAGCUGGAGAUGUAGGAAUCUUUGUGACUUGCGACAUUGGCAGGGAAAGUAAAUGUGUCGCUGAGAUCACAGAUAUCCUCUCACAGAUCCUUGAGGACGAUGCCGAGUCAGAUGAUGAAGACUCGGAUGAUGAUGAUGAUGAUGCGGACAUUGAAGAGCAAAUUCGGAGAGAACUCGAGAGCAUGCAGGCAAGUCAGAAGAAGACACGCCCAGUUCAAGCCAUGCAGCUAGAUAUACCCUGUGUGGUCUUUGCACGAUUCAAUGACAAGUCGGUUGAUCCUGUGAAAAUUGUCCAUGAGCUGUGUCUCGAGGCGCAAGCCAACAAGGACAUCAAGAAGAGCCGAUACAUUAAGCGUUUAACUCCUAUUUCGAUGAUGAAAAAGACCCUUAGUGUGGAUCUUGAAGCUUUCGCGAAGGAGGUUCUUAAGCCGCACUUCCAUUCAGGAGGCCCUCCAAAGAAGUAUGCUAUCAGGCCCACAUGUCGGGGCAAUAACAAGCUUAACCGAGAUGUCAUCAUCAAGACUGUCGCCGAUGUUGUUGGUCCCGAACAUCCAGUCAACCUGAAGAACUAUGAUCUCAUGAUUCUGGUCGAUGUUGUUCAGAACGUGAUCGGAAUGAGUGUCGUGGGAAGCGAUUAUGACCAGUUGAAGCGGUUUAACGUUGCUGAGAUCUACGACCCCUCACCGAAGGGGGUUGAUACCCCCGCGAAGGAGAAAGAGUCGACAGUCUAA